GCACGUCAAACAACGAGCCUCCAGUCACAACACUUCACAACACCUGAAGUCACCUGGAACACAGUGACCAUGGCGUCAGUGUCGCUCAGUUCUCGCCUCAACAAGGUCGUCCGGCAGCAGUACAUGAAGCUGCCUCAGGGAGGGAAAUGUCAGGUCACCUACAUCUGGAUCGACGGCAGCGGAGAGGGGCUUCGCAACAAGACCAGGACUCUGGACGAAGAGCCACAGUCCAUAAAAGACAUUCCUGAGUGGAACUUUGACGGCUCCAGCACCUGCCAGUCCAAAGACUCCAACAGCGACAUGUACCUCAUUCCAGUCUCCAUGUUCAGGGAUCCGUUCACCCUCGACCCAAACAAACUGGUUCUCUGCGAGGUCUUCAAGUACGACCGCUCACCUGCAGAAACAAACCAUCGAGUGAAGUGCAACAAGGUGAUGGAGCAGAUCAAGGAGCACUGCAUUUGGUUCGGUAUGGAGCAGGAGUACACGCUUUUAGGAAUGGACGGACAUCCUUUCAGUUGGCCUGCAAAUGGAUACCCAGGACCCCAAGGCCCUUACUACUGUGGUGUGGGAGCAGACAGAGCCUAUGGACGGGACAUCGUGGAGUGUCACUACAAGGCCUGCCUCUACGCCGGGGUUAAAAUCUGCGGCACCAACGCUGAAGUGAUGCCAUCUCAGUGGGAGUUCCAGGUGGGUCCCUGUGAGGGCAUUGAGAUGGGCGACCACCUUUGGGUUUCUCGCUUCCUGUUGCAUCGCGUGUGUGAAGACUUCGGGGUCGUCGCCACGCUAGAUCCAAAACCGAUGAUGGGAAACUGGAACGGAGCCGGUUGCCACACGAACGUCAGCACCAAGCAGAUGAGGGAGGAAGGAGGACUGAAGUACAUUGAGGAGGCCAUCGAGAAGCUUAGGAAAAGACAGGCCGAACACAUAUGUGUCUACGACCCACAUGGUGGUGAGGACAACAAGAGGCGUCUCACGGGUCUUCACGAAACUGCCAGUAUCAAAGAGUUCUCUUCCGGAGUGGCCAACCGAGGUGCCAGCAUCCGGAUCUCCCGCCAGGUGGCCCAGGAGAUGAGGGGAUACUUCGAGGACCGCCGGCCUUCAGCUAACUGCGACCCAUACUUAGUGACGGCAGCCAUCGCAAACACCUGCCUGCUGGAAAAGGAAAAAGAACCUGAAGCCUGAAAUACUUGCUGGUAAAAACAGAAAUAUAUCUGUAAAUUAAAUCAAAACUGUAAGAAAAGGUUCCACCAAAGGUGAGGAAUUGAAUUUGAAUUGAAUUUAUUCAUUUGAUAGGGACGAUGCAGUUUAACAUAGUUCCAUUACUAAGCAUGAAUCUGAUGUGCUGCACAGAGAGUUUAUAGCAAAUGCUAAUUUUCAACUCUUGUCCCUAGAUGGGCCUUUAAAUAUAAAAGUCAGAAUAUAUAACAUCAUAAAAUAACAGAAAAGUUUACAAAAGAACAAUAAAAUACAUGUUCACAUAAAAACAAAUAAUUACACAAACCAGUUCAAAAUAAGUUAAUAAAAAAAAAACAUGGCAAACUAAGAAUGAUUACAGCUCUGAUUUGCUUUUAGCCAGCACUUGACCUUUGCAGAGAAGGGUUUUAAAUCUGUGAUUAAUUUGAUAUCGGUUGGUAAUGAAUUCCAGAGUUUAGAGCCUCUAAAAGAGAAAGCUGACUGUCCAAAUGUUGACUUACAUUUUUGUAUGCUACAGUUUCCAUUCACCUUACUUCUUGUUACUCUGCUACUGUUCUGUCUUUGAAUAAAUUUGGAUAAGGGUUCGAGGGCAAGAUUAUUAAUACAUUUGAAAACUAAUUUAAGGAAUGAAAACUGCAUGAAGCUUUCAAAGCUCAAUAGAUUGUAUUUUUUCAAAAUGUGGCAGUGGUGCCAACGGAUGGGUUUUUUGAAAUGAAGGCUAAUGCAGAGUGAAUGUUUGUUGUUGCAAUAUUUAUUUAUCUAAGUUCAUCCUUGUGCACAGACAGCUGCUGUCACUAGAAGCUGUUCCUAGAAAUAACAAAUUGAUAGAAUAUAUUGCAGCUCUCUCAGACCUGGAUGUCUGGACAUUGUGCUGCAUUAAAAUAUUCUGCUUUUUGGCUUGUGUUACAUGUGUUAGAUUGGGAGAAGUGAAAUAAAGACACAAUGGUGCUGCA